ACUGUGAAAGCCACCAAAUGAAAACAAAACGCUAUAAAUAAGUUGAAAGAUUAUUAGUGUGAUAUGCCUCUAUUUUGAAAAUUAUUAAACUAAAAUGAAGGCUAACAAUGUGUGUAGAACCUGUGGUUCUUCAUCAGCAAAAUCCAGGUUUUCACUGUUUGAAACACUGCAGGACACUAUCGGAAAUAAAACGGAUCACAUCAAAACAUUGGCCGAGUUUCUCUCAACAAUAAUUCCCCAGAUGCAUCCGAUUUCUGAAAAUGAUGGUUUGCCAGCGACUAUUUGUGCUGAAUGUUUUUCAGUUGUGAAGCAGUUCCAAAUUUUCCAAGAAAAAUGUUUAGAAUCAGAUCGUUUUUUCAGAAAUCAAACCAACCAAUUGAUAACGAUGAACCUUGAAGAACUUCCUCAGAAUGAAGGAUUGGCUCAAUUUAACGAUACAACGAUGACUCCUUUAGCGACAGAAGUGGAGCAAUCUGGAAUUUCUGCAAAGAAUUUAGAAUGCAGUUUCUGUCAUAAGGUACUAAAGUCUCGCAAAACAUUGAAAGUUCACCUGCAGCUACAUUCAGAAGUAGAUGCCUAUCUUUGCAAUAGUUGUGGAGAACGGUUCAAAACUAAAAUGGCCUACACUGGUCACAUGGCAACGCACGACAAGAGUGGAUUCCGUUGUGAGCUCUGCGGAAAAUCGUAUCGACAGGCUGCUUCACUGCGUAAUCAUGAGCUCAACCAUAGUCAGCAUAAACCGUUUGGUUGCGCAAUCUGCGGUCAUAAGACAACCCAGAAAAGUGGCCUCAAAAAGCAUAUGCUUGUUCACUCGGACCACAAGCCUUUUACGUGCGACGUUUGUGGAAAGGACUUCCGGUUCGUCAAUAAUUUGGCCAUGCACCGAAAACGAAACCAUGAGCGAGAAAAGCUAUUCGGUUGCGACGUUUGUGAUAAGAAAUUCGUCACCAACGAUGAGCUCAAGAAUCACAGUAUGUGCCACACCGAUGAGCGGCCAUUUGGUUGUGCAGAUUGUGGAAAACAAUUCAACCGCAGAAGUUCGCUAUUGAGCCAUCGAAAGAGCAAACACUCAGUUAAGGAAAAAAGAUUCGGCUGUCGGGUGUGUGGUCGCGAAUUCUCUAAAAACGAUACACUCCAGAACCACCUGAGAACGCAUAUCGUUGCGGAUUGAAGUUUUAAUUUAAAAAGGAAUCGUUAAACCAUGGCGUGUAAUGAUAAUAAAGUUUUCACAAAACAAA